AUGAUCGCCCAGUUCAUCGAAGAACAUCAGAGCCCGUGGGACGAGAUGCUCCACGAAAUAGCGUUAGCGGUGAACACGAGCGUGGCCGACACGACCGGAUUCUCGCCCGCCUUCUUGGUGCAAGGUCGCGAGCCUCGUCUUCCCGCUGCCUUAUACGACGAUGUUACGCCUGGGUCCGCCACUGUUCAGCAAACGCCAGGGGAAAAGGCCGGGCGUCUGAGGGAGGUGUUUGACAUCGUCCGUCACAACCUGCAGCGUGCUUCCCAGGACCAGGGGAGGCACUACAACUUGUGUCGAAGAGAGUGGCGGCUAAGAGUGAACGAGCAGGUGUGGCUGCACCAGCAUCAGCUGUCAAAGACCGCCGACAGAUUCGCGGCAAAGAUAGCGCCGAAGUUCGACGGCCUCUACUGGGUCGUGAAAUUCGUGUUGCUCAAUAUCGUGCGCUUGGCGCGCGAUGGCGAAUGGAAAAGGCGGGUAAAAUGGAACGAGAUUAUAGUUUCGAGAUGGAGUGGGAGCGGAGCAGCUACUCGAGCUAAGACCACUGAUACCGAGAACACCGUCAAUCGCAGGGGUUAUCCCGGACAUAAGGCGGGACCCGUCUACCAAGCCUUACCCGUUCUGGGAGGAACUGGAGGAUCCAUUUGA